AUGCAAACCGAUGAGUUACGUCAGCUCGGUAAUAAACAUUAUCGACAUGGUCGCCAUUUAGAAGCCAUCGACUCUUAUUCAAAAGCUAUCGAUAAAAAUCCGGGCAUUCCACAACUCUACACGAACCGCGCUCUCUGCUAUAAUUGUAUAAGAGCUUACGAUAAGGCCGUGCGAGACUGUAAACGGGCCAUCGAACUUGAUUCGUCAGUUGUCAAGGCUUUCUACUUCUGGGGUCAGGCGGCGAUUCAAUUGAAGCAGUUUGACGUAGCGAUAAAAGUCUUGACUAGGGCCAACGAUCUGGCGCAAGCCCAACAACUGAACUUUGGCGAUGACAUCACAAGAUCGAUUCGUGAAGCUAGCAGGGAAAAGUUUAAAGUAGAGGAGAAACAACGCCAAAAUGAAGAAGCUGACCUGGAGGCUUAUCUUACCUGUUUAAUCGAGCAAGACCUUGACCGGAAGCUGGGGCAGCUUGAAAUUGCCGAGCAAAAGGAGAACCAAGAAGUGUCUGAAGAAGUAGAGUCGGCGAAAGAUGGCAAGCCAAGCCUUGAUGAGCAAGAGCUGCGAAACGAGGCCCAGAAGCGUAAAGCUUUACUGCACAGUGUCUUUGCUACGAUUGAAGAGCAACGUUAUUCGCGGGAGAUUCCGGAUUAUCUGUGUGGGAAAAUCUCGUUAGAGGUGUUGAAGGACCCCGUAAUUACACCUUCUGGUAUUACUUAUGAUCGGUCCGAUAUCUUGAAGCAUUUAAAUCAAGUAGGACAUUUCGAUCCGGUUAGCCGGUCGCCAUUGAAUGAAAAGGAUUUGAUCCCGAAUUUGGCGAUGCGUGAGGUACUUGAUCAUUUCCUUGCUGAAAAUGAAUGGGCCCGACACGAAAUG